AUGGCCAGGAUCAAGAUCAGCGGGGUGCCUAUUGAGAUGCCUUUUGAGCCUUAUCCUGCACAGAUAGUGACGAUGACCAAGAUGAUAAUGUGCCUGAUGUCGGGAACAAGCGGGCUCAUUGAGAGUCCGACUGGGACAGGAAAGAGCCUGUCGAUUAUAUGUGCAGUGCUGGGAUACUGUGAGUAUCUGCAACGAGGAGUGCAGGAGACGAAUGCAAAAAGAAGGGGGAGCGGAAUGUCUACAGGCGAGGAUGUGCGUGAGGAAAAGCUGAAGGUAAUAAUCUGCUCAAGAACACACAAGCAGCUUGACCAGCUGAUUUCACAGCUGAAGAAAACACGGUACAGCCCGAGAAUGUCGAUACUUGCAAGCAGAAGCCAGUACUGUGUGUGCCCGAAGCUUGCCGAUGCAGUAGACAAAAACACGGGAUGCAAUGAUCUUGUGAAGGUUGGCGGGUGUGUAUACUUUACGGGCAAGGACAGACUUGCAAAGAGGAUAGGAGACAGAGUAUUUGACAUUGAGGAGCUGAAGAUUGAGGGCAAGAGAUGUGUUGGAUGCCCGUACUAUGCAUCAAGAAUUUUAAAUGAGGAUGCAGAGGUGAUAUUUGCACCAUACAACUACCUGAUAGAUCCCAAGAUCCGGCAGAGUACUGGGAUAGAUCUUGAGAACUGUGUAGUGAUUAUUGAUGAGGCACACAACAUUGAGGAUGUAUGCCGGUCGUCUGGAUCUGUUGAGUUGACGUCCAGGGCGAUGGAGAUGAUACAGGGUGAGCUGAGCGGAGCAGUGAAGAGAAGUGCAAUGCUAGGGGAUGUUAAGGCCGACUUUAUGAAUGUGAUGGAGCUGUUAAAGAAGCUGAAGGAUGGUGCUGAUGGAGGUGGGUUUGACAAAAGCAAUGCAGCAGGGAGGUUUCGGAUACGCAAGGGAGAGCAGAUUCGGAAGGAGCUUGACAGGAUGAGUAUAGGCAAAGAAGCGGUGUUGAAGUUCAAGAACUCGAUUUAUGCGAUCCAGAAAAGCGAGGAUGCAAAAGAGCUGCUGAACAUGAAUACGUUCCAUGUUCUUGAGGGGCUUGACUCUGUUUUGUCGGCAAUACAUUUCAGCGAGUGUGAUGCAUAUUCAUUUGUGCUGCACAUGAUGGAUGACGAAAGAGCAAGGGGAGUGCCGAAGAGUAAGUUUUGCUACAACUUCUGGCUGAUGGAUGCAGGGCAGGUAUUCCGGCCGUUUGUUGGCAAGGUCAAGUCUCUUGUGCUUUUGUCGGGGACGUUGAUGCCGUUUUCAUCAUUUUCUUCUGAGCUUGGGCAUGAGUUUUUGCACACGAUAGUUGCACCACAUCUUGUGAGGGCGGAGCAGGUGUUUGUCUCGAGUGUUCGGAAGGGGCAUCUGAUGAAGGAGCUUGUUGGCACGUAUGGGGCGAUGGAUGCGCAGUAUGUUGAGCAGCUUGUGAAGAUUAUUGCGGAUGUGUCUGGCAGGAUCAGGGAGCAUGGAGGGACGCUUGUGUUUGUGCCCAGCUACAGCUUUCUUGAGAACCUGCAGAAGAGUAUGGGGCCAGGAGUGUUGGUUGAGCCGAAGAGCGGGUCUGGAAAUGAAUUUGAGAACGUGAUGAAAAGAUACAAGAGUAGGAUUGCAACGAAGCAGAGCGCAGCGCUUAUUUGCGUGUACCGAGGAAAGGCAAGCGAAGGGAUGGACUUCAAGGACUCGUUUGCGAGAGCAGUUAUUGCGAUUGGGAUUCCAUAUCCUAGCCUGCAUGACCCGCAGGUGGAGUUGAAGAAAGAGUUCAACGACAGGUACAAGAGUCAGAGCGGAAGGAGCUGGUAUGAAGCACAGGCGUUCCGGGCAGUGAAUCAAGCGCUUGGGAGAGUGCUGCGGCACAAGGACGACUGGGGGAUGAUUCUUUUGGUGGACAGCAGAUACAGUGAAGGCCGGGUGCGUGGGCAGCUGUCUCGGUGGGUUGCAGAGAAUGCCAGGAACUAUGAAUCGUACAACGAGUGUGUAAGAGACAUUGAGAAGUUUCUGUCGGUGGAGAGAGGUAAGUAA